UGGCUGUGCCGUGGAGCUGCUGAUAUCGCAUUUUGGUAGACCAUGGGCGCGUUAUGGACGAUGACGGCAGUUCUAAUGGGUUCGAUGGGCCUAUGCGGCCUCUACAGCGGAAUGGACAUUAAGUUCGGCGAAAAGGGGUUCUACUGCUGGAGCGCCUUCAGCCUGUUGAUCACCGUGCUCUCGUCAUCCAGGCGUGGGGUAGUCGCUGCGGUCCUCCUUGCUGCGGGGAAAGGCUUUGGUGUGGAGCCGUUCGCGGUUCUGACCGUCUCGCUGUUGGUUUCCAAGGCCCUCUGCUCCAACGCGUUCAGCGGCAACAAGCCAGACGACGAUCCGGUUCCCCGGAAACCGUACGAGGAGGAGAUCCGCGAACUUCUCUUCCAGAACGACCCCAGCCGUCUCCACCUCGUGGACUCCGAGCUGCGGCAGUACAAGGGGCGCGAGAGGGAGCUGCUGCGCAGGUACCAGGCUAGGUACGCUCCGGACCCGCCGAUGCCCGCGGCAAACGACGGGCCUGGGCGGACCGCGCGGGGCGAAAGACGUCGGGGUGGCGGCGGGAUGGUGGACGAUAAUCAGGGCUACCACCGCGGCGACAGCGGGAACGCACGGCGGAACGACGUCAAGGAGCGGGCAAGGGAGGAGGAGCAGAGGCGCGUGCAGGCCAGCCUCGACGCGAGCCUCGAUCGUAUCCUGGGCCGGAGAAGUGGACGCCGUUGAGUAUCGCCGGCUUGCGGUUGUUUUUGGUUACGACCACCUCGUGCUUGUACAGCAAGUGGUUGGCCUACACUUGUAGUAGGUACCCCCCCCCCCCCCCCCC